GUCGCCUAAGCGUCGUCGAGCGCGGUGGUUGCGCGCGAUUCGGCCACGCUCGAUACCCGCUGCGGCAAAAGCGUCUGGUCCCGCUGGUAGCGGGCUCGACGGCCGUCGGUGGUGGGAGCAGCCUCUGUUUUAUUUCUGUCACGCUUGUCCCUCUGCACCAGGGCCAGAAAAGACGCAAUCGUGCAGAGCGCGAGCGCGGCAUUCGCCGACCUCACCGUUCGUUCAUCGGUUUCGCGGACUCGGGUGCUUUCACGGUUGAUACCAUCCGCGGACGCGAUCCCUCCGAGUGUUUCCACGAUGGAGGACAGCUACACGGUCCACAGACGCCGGAAGGCGGCGGCCAGGAGCCGCGAGAAGACCCCCGACCCUUCCUCGAGGAACCAACAGCUGGUGGAGACCUCGGACGACGAGGAGGUGGCCAGACGCGCCAGAAUGGAGAAGAUGGCGGACGACGCCGAGCGCGCCGAGCAAGAAGAGAAACGGAAGAAGGCGGAGGAGAUGGUCCGCGAGGAAACGAAGAAGGAAGAGUCCCGCAAGAGGGAGGAGAAGAGGAGCACGUCGAAUUUGGACGAGUCGCGGAGGACGAGCUACGACGAGAAGACCUCGCAUUCCAGCAGCCCCCAAACACGUGACAUCGACGCUCGCGAAGAGCCAGCGACGCCUGGCAGGAAGCCUCCGCGCACGGUAAGGAAGGAACCGAAAGCAGAGGACUCGAAGACCGGCCAAGAGCAACGACCCGCGAGCGAAGACGCGCAGCAGAUCGUUCCGUCCAAGUCCAGAGAGAUCGAUGCGACCGCGGAGCGAACGGAGCCCAGGAAGGCGGAGAGACGGCUGAAGAAGAAGUCGAGGGAGAGGGCGGAGCGUCCCAGUCAGUCCACCGACUCCAGCGACCCGGACGAGAACCUGGAGAGACACCAGAGGAGGACCAAGUCGCCCGAAGGCAGCAAGGUUCGCGUGAAAAAGCCCCCAGCUAAAAGAGUCGACCCUGACGCUGCUAAGAAAGACGUCGAGAGACCGCCGCGGGAAAAGAGGCCGAGUAAACAGAAGCUCGAGGAGACCGACCAACCAAGGCCGGAGAGGAGACGAUCCGUGAGGCUCAGUCAGACGGACGACACCGACGAGGAUCCGAAAAUGAAGAAAAGCGAGACGUUCCCACGACAGAACGUCGAGGAACCAGCCAUGAAGAGGUCAGCUACCGAGGUAAAGAAACAGAUCAUUCCUCUUAGCAACGAGUCUCUCAUCGAGGACUUCGCCAAGGCUCAGAGGGAGUACCUGAAAAGGGAGCAGAGCAUCCUGGAUCCGGACACUCCAGACGUCUACGAGGACGCCGAGGAAGAGGCUACGCUGAGGAGGAGGAAGUUCAGCGUGCUUCUCACGGAGAGCGAGCAGGAAGGAAUCGAGAGGUCCAUCGAGGAGGCGAAGAAGGUUCAGAAGAGAUCGUGGUUCUCCUGGAUGCCAUUCUCCCGCAAGGAGAAGGUCGAGGAGCCACGUUCGGAACCCGAACCACUUAAACAGACGGAGCCCGAGGUCGUAGAAGUUACAGAGUCGGAGAAGGUCACCUUCGUGGACUUCUUAAGGGCUCUCAAGGACGUGGUCUCGGAGUUCAAGGCCUUCGUGGCCCAGAACCCGCGGGAAACGAGGAUCAUGAGGAGCCUAAGGAAUCGCUGCUUGUCGGAGCUGAUGCUGGUGAUCAUCUACUGCGGCCUGGGCGCGUUCGUCUUCAGGUUCACCGAGGGAGCCUUCGAGACUUUUUACAAAUGCGGCGUGAAGAGGGUGAAGAGAGACUUUCUGGACAGCCUGUGGAAUUACAGCCACAAUUUGAGGGAGGACGACUGGAAGAGCAUGGCGAGGAAGAAGCUGAUGGAGUUCGAGGAACAGCUGCACACUGCUCACGAGGCCGGCGUGCAGACGUACAGCGGACAGAGGAGCUGGACGUUCCUGAACGCUGUCGUCUACUGCUUGACCGUAAUCACGACCAUCGGAUACGGGCACAUAUCACCUAGCACAAGCACCGGAAGAGCCAUCACAAUCGUUUACGCCAUCUUCGGUAUUCCAAUGUUUCUGAUAAUACUGGCUGAUUUCGGAAAACUGUUCACGAGGGGUAUAAAGUUCCUGUGGGCGUUCGUCAGGAGGCUGUACUACACAGGAAGCUGUCGAAAAGUCCGUCGAACUGUACCUGUACAGGAAGUGAUGAAGGGCGUUCAACUCGUGUACGACCUAGCAACGUUCAAGAGGCCGUCGCAGAUAAAUCCGGAGGACAUCGAAGAGAUGCAAAAGCAAGCGCAAUCCCAAGCGGUCCUGAACUUGGACGGAAAUGUCCCCGACACGCCAGUAACGCCAGCGAUGUCGACCUUCGCCAUCGACGACGAGUUCAAUCUGCCCAUCUCUUUGGCCAUCUUCAUUCUCCUCAGCUACAUUUUCAUCGGCGCGACAUUGUUCUGCUUGUCGGAGGGUUGGGGCUUCUUCGAGAGCUUCUACUUCGUCUUCAUCUCCAUGAGCACUAUCGGUUUCGGCGAUUACGUGCCAAAGCAUCCCAUAUACAUGAUGUGUUCGAUAAUAUACCUGGUGUUCGGGCUGGCGCUCACGUCCAUGUGCAUCAACGUCGUGCAGGUGAUGCUAUCAGACUCGUUCAGACAAGCAAGCCAGAAGAUAGGAGCGACGAUCGGUUUCGCGAUCGCUGAAGAGGAUGGAACCAUUAACCCAGCAGCCCCACCGCCAGUCGAGUUGGCCGACGUUCACACCAGCAUAAAAGAGUCUGAGAGUGCCGAAAAGAUCGCGCCUACGGCUAAGCAAGAGGACGUCGAUCUAUAGACGAGCCAUCGAGUUUUUCGCUGAUCCAUCGCAACAAGAACGAACGAUACGUGCGUGUUAGCCUUAAAUUGUAAUCGUCCGCCCCACUAAAAAGGACUCACGCGUUAAAAAUGUGCUACAUUCAAUCGAACGAAAGUAUCUACGCGCACAAAAGUGUAUCGAAGUAGACUGCGAAGCAUCGAGAUCGGUGUUUGAAUUUCGUUAGCUCUGUCGUGGCUGUUUCCCUCAAAGGAAACGGCUGUCGUGUUUUCACGCUUCUCGUGGAACAUGCGGGAGUCAGUUGUUACCUCUUUGCAGCACAAUGAUUUGUAUAAUCUUGAGACUUUCUGUGAGGAUAGAGAAUCCACAAAAAAUGAAAGUGAUGAUACAUGUAUGAUACUCUUGUAAGAUUGUGCAAGUGUGUAAAGCUUUGAGAUUAGUUGUUUGCUGCAAAGAGUUAGAGACUCUAAUGGCGAAGGAUCCACCAUCCACCCGUCGUUGAAAUCUCAGUAGCCCACCGCUAGGUGGCACACCGUAGUCGCUACAAACGCACGUAACCACGAGCUGCUUCGUGUCUGGUAUGAAACCACCUUUGAAGCGCCUCAAAGAAUAAGCAGCUACAAGCAGAUGAUAGAAGCUUUGGGAUUUCCACGGUCGUCGUUGGUAUCUCAAUUUGUUACAUCUUGAGCAUGAGCUACCUACCGUUUUGGGGCUGCGUCGCGUUAGGGGACGUGGUGCUGCGUGGCGGUUUAUAAUAAACAAUCUACGAAACUUCAACUCACCUCAAGCUUACGCUUAUAUCUCGUCAUAAUUAUUCAAACGAACGACAUUGCACACGAACAAUCAAUUUGCACUGAGAUGGGAGCUAUCAAAACAAGCUCAUAUUUUAAUGAAACGAGAUAAAACUGUGAAAUAGUAUUAUUUUGCAAUUAAUGGGGUGUCCUGAUCUAUAACUGAAUAAAGACGUCAUGUCUUCAAAUCCUCUCAUACUAGUCAAGCUGAAAGACACUUCAUAAUAUGUAAAAUGACCAUUUUACGGAACUCUUCUCAGUUGAGGACAAAAAAAAAGAAAGUAUCGCAGUUGCUCUUGCCAAAAACUCUCGUGGGUCAGACAAAUCUCGCGAUUUAUUUCUCGUAGCCUAGUGUCUAUCGACAAUAAACCUACCAAAUCUCAUAUUUUGUAUAUUUUGUAGAUUAUCGUGUUGCUGUCUGAGCUAUCUUCUUUUUAAGUUGUUUUUAUAUUGAAUAUCGUGAAGCUUUAUACAGACACCACAAGGCGGCUGUACGACUUAACCUAUAAGCUUUCGAUCUAUAAGCUCUGUGUGAAUGUUUUGUCUGCAAACGCGUGAUAACACUGUUUAUAUAACUCUCCAGUUGCAUUCGGAAAACAUACAUAAGAAAAUGCGUAUUUUCAUUUCAUUUCAUGCGUAUUUAUUACCUAAAGUUACGUGACUCAGGCAUCGCUAAAAUUUAUCGCAUACUAUAUGGAAAAUUUUAUUCAAAUUUCAUCUUAAUACACAGAGUACAGUUAGAAAAUCCCAUCCUUUUCCCCUACAUAAUGCAAGGACGAAAAUAAGUAUAACUGCUAAAAUUCCGUACAUAAUUUACUAUAAAAUAUAGUUGGAAAACUCUGUGAAUAAGUCAGAAAAGUAUGUUUAACGACCGAACUGGAGCGUUGAAAUAAAUUUCCGCUGCUGGAAAAGGAAGAAAACUUGUGCCUUUGUAAGAAUGAACUGUGUUAACUACUUAAAUUUUAUCGGAUACGAUAGGGACUCCUGUAUGCGGUUAAAUUACAGAUUAAAGAAGCAGAGGAAAAAAAACAAUAUGUCGUACUGUUACACUGGUUGCUAGUUGUAGCAGGAUACUUUUUCCUUCUUACAUUAAAAAAAGAAAUGAAGCAAGUUGCUUAGUGUCUAUAAAAUAUCUUUGCAAUUUUACUACACGUUAUGAAUUCACAUAACAACGAACGAAAGACAGGUGAAAAAAAAAUCAAAUCACCGGAAAUGAGUACUUGUUAUUAUUACAAUAAUUAUUAUAAUGAUAGUUAUAAACUUUAUUUAUAAAUAAACGAUUAAGAUAUUGGGAUUCUUUCAAUUA